ACAUUAUCAUCUUAUUUUUCAGGGAUUAGCAUAGAAGAAAAUUCUGUACUUCAAGCAUUUGCAGGUGAUCAUGUAGGACUUUCUCUUUUGGGAGCAGAUAUGAAUAAAAUAACAAUUGGAAGUAUUGCUUGUGAUCCAAAUAAUCCAAUUCAAGUAACAACUAGAUUUCAAGCUCGAAUUGUGGUUUUUGGAAUAGAAAUUCCAAUCACUAAAGGGUUUCCUGUCAUUCUUCAUUAUCAAAGCAUGAGUGAACAAGCAGUUGUGAAAAAACUGAUUUCUCAGUUACAUAAAAGCACAGGCCAAGUUGUGAAAAAGAAACCAAGAUGUUUAACAAAAAACAGUAGUGCUAUAAUUGAAUUAGAGGUAAAUCGGCCAGUCUGUUUAGAAUUAUAUAAGGAUCUACGAGAAUUGGGAAGAUUUAUGUUAAGAUGUGGAGGAACUACAAUCGCAGCUGGUGUUGUAACUGAUAUUCUCUAAUAAAGAAAUUUCAGUGAAAUGAAAAUCUGUGAAAUAUGCAAAUAUUAUUCACCUGUAUUGUUGGAAUAAAUUGAACUGUAUUGAAAAAUUAUUAGUUCAAAAUUGUAUACACACAAAAAUAUCUACCUAAAAUCAUAUCUCAAAAUGUAAAUCCAUAUCAAAUUUAAAUUAAAAGUUUUAGAUGUCAAAAUUUUUAAAUUUAUUAUCAUAUAAAUUGUCUUUUGCAGUAUUUUAGAUAAAAAGCCCAAUUUAUUUUUUCAAAUCUAAAUACCUGUAUCAGUAAUCUUUUAAUUCAAGUGAAAGUGCUUAUAAAUU